CGAAGCUUGUGAUUGUCAUGUGAUGUAAACAUGGCGACUUGUCAGGAGUUGGUCGUACGUCACUUUUAACAGCAUUGUAUAAAUGCUGAUAAGGGGAUGAAGUUGCUUGUGCACAUUCAUUGGCAUUAAGCUCUGCCCUUCAGCUCUCAUUAUGAAUGCCAUAGUGGCCCUCUGCCACUUCUGUGAACUGCAUGGGCCCCGCACCCUGUUCUGUACAGAGGCUUUGCACUCUCCACUCCCCCAAGGAGCAAGCAGUGGGGACAGCAUGGGACAGGGAGACCCUGAGGAAGAAGAGGAGAUGGGGAUACAAAUGAGCAGCAGGAUCAGGUCACAUAGCCCUGCAGAAGGAGCCAGUUCAGACUCCAACAGCCCCAGGCCCAAGAAGUCUGAUAUGUGUGAGGGUUGCCGAUCGUUAGCUACAGGGCACCCAGGAUACAUCAGCCAAGACAAGGAAACGUCUAUUAAAUACGUCAGCCACCAGCACCCAAACCACCCACAGUUGUUUAGCAUUGUGCGUCAAGCCUGUGUGCGCAGUCUGAGCUGCGAGGUGUGUCCGGGUAGGGAAGGUCCUAUUUUCUUUGGGGAUGAGCAGCAUGGCUUUGUGUUUAGUCACACUUUCUUUAUCAAGGAUAGUCUGGCACGUGGCUUCCAGCGCUGGUACAGCAUCAUAGUCAUCAUGAUGGACCGGAUUUACCUUAUCAACUCAUGGCCCUUCCUGCUAGCGAAGAUCAGAGGAAUCAUUGAUGAGCUGCAGGGGAAGGCUCUAAAAGUAUUUGAUGCGGAGCAGUUCGGCUGCCCCCAGCGCCCACUAAGGAUUAACACAGCAUUUACGCCAUUUUUGCACCAGCGUAAUGGAAAUGCUGCCCGCUCCUUGACCUCGCUUACAAGUGAUGACAACCUAUGGGCAUGUCUGCAUACAUCCUUUGCUUGGCUGCUAAAGGCUUGCGGCUGUCGUCUAACGGAGAAACUUUUAGAAGGUGCUCCUACCGAAGACACCCUGGUGCAGAUGGAGAAGCAGGCAGAUUUGGAAGAGGAGUGUGCAGCCUGGGAGUGUUCUGAAGUGGAGGAGGGAAGACCAAGGCCACAGCCAAAUGUGUUGGAAAGGCGCGAACUCUCCAAAUGUCCCACAGAGUCAUCUGUGCUGUCUGAAUGGAACAUGACAACCAGAAGGACAGCUGUAUUCAGAUCUCUUAGGCACAUGAGACAGGUAUUGGGUGCCUCUGCAUUUCGCAUGCUGGCCUGGCAUGUUCUGAUGGGAAACCAAGUUAUCUGGAAAGGGCAGGAUAAGGAGCUAAUCGAGUCUGCAUUUGAUGUGCUCCAGGCCAUGUUGCCAGUAGGCUGUGUUCGGGUGAUUCUAUACAGUGAGCAGUAUGAAGAUGCCUAUAGGUGCAAUUUUCUUGGGCUGAGUUCUCAGGCAGAGAUCCCUCCUCACGUACAGACAUCAGAAUUUGCAGUUAUGGUAGAUUUCCGAACGGCACCUCGUUCCAACCUGUAUCCAGUCUUGUUUGUGGAUGAUGAGCCACUCAGCAAGUAUGAAUUUGAGGUGGCCAGUGGAGGUCCUGUCGUAACUGACCGGGGUAAGUUAUCUUUUUUACAGAACAGACAAGUAUCAGAAGCCGGUUAA